GCCGCCGCCACCACCCGCAGGACUCGUCUUCUUCUUCGACCUAUUCGGCUCCUUCGAUUUCUUGGGCUCCAACUCCUUGGUCGACCUGAAAAGCCCGUCGCAGAGUUCUCGCCAAAAGUUCCUCACCCACAAUUGGGCUAGCAUCGAAUGCCGGCCGUAAUUUUCAUCUCCAAAAGGUUUGUAGACGAUCCCGAGUAACCAUUGUGUGUAUCUGAGCGUUUGCUCUUUCACAAGAUUUUCAAAAGGGACGUCGUCAAAGCCAAGGAAAAAUGGACCUACUGGACUUUCACGGCGCCGCUCACUGCGAUGUUGGGCCUCCACGAGUUCUCCUCCGAAUGGACGUACAAGUUGCAUCUGGUGGCAGAGUAGGCCUAUCAAGUAUAUGGCUUCACAGUCUCUUGUGACUGUCGUCUGAGUCCCGGUUGCUGUGUUCCGCGCAUAAAGCUCAGUGCGCAAGCCCUGGAUGAGCUUCGGCAGACCGAUGGUUCCAAUGGUGAAGUUGCUCGCAAGACCGGCGUGGACAUUCUUGACCGACCACCAGGUCGGACUAUCCAAGUUUUCGAGUUCAACCAUGUUCAUGCCGCCAUUGUCAACGUCCAUUGCGUCCCCCUGUGGUGCCGAAUUGGCGGCCCUUAUAGUGAAGUCGAUCUUGGUACCGGCAUACUCCUUGGGUAGGUCCCAAUCCUCCUUGACUACCUGUAACCUCGGCCAGGUAGUAUCUCGACGAAACAGAUGCCGGACCCCUUCGCCGACAAUCAAACCACCAUGGCCAGCGACGUGGUCGAUUCGACGCUCCACGAACCAGCGUGCGUGGAAGCCCAAGUCAAUCCAAGCCUCCCUCAUCUCAGGUUGGUCUUCCAUUGUGUUUAGGCGCUGGGAGUCUCUUGAACACCGAAGAAGAACUCCCUUGCCAACGGCAAGACCCCAAAACGCAUCGAGUUUAUUGAGCAGGCAUUGCCACAUUUCAACCUCGUACAGAGCCCACUGGACAACGCGUCUGAUGAUGUCGUUCAUUAAACCCUUCUUUGCGUCAAUGUCACGCACCUCGAAAUGAGGGAGUCGACCGUGAAAUGGCACCGCCAUUGCUGCCUUCUUCGGAACAUAGGGGGCAUAGGGCUGAGGCAGCUCGGAUAUGUGUCCGUAGUGCUGCUCAAAUUGCUCAUCGACGCAUUGCUGGAAGUAGAAUGGAUCAUUCCGAAGCCUCAUCAGAUGGUCUUUUGACCACUUUAGUUGCCGCUUGUACCUC